AUGGAUCUAAGAAGUCCUGACAUAUUUUACACAAGAAUACAACAUUACAUCUCCAUCCAAGAGGCUUUAACACUGCAAUACAAAGUAUUCGUCUGUGUCCGUUACCGUGAUCUAUUCGACCAUAGACUGCUACAUAUCAUGAUUGUGAAUUUGACGAACAGAAUGCUUGAUCAUGUCCUGCGAGUACUGCAGCUUAUCUUCGCCAUCAUCGUUAUGGGAACUGACGACUACACUAUUCGUCUGUUUCGCGGCCACAUUGUCUACGAACACUUCGACUUCGGUAGCUUCUACGAUUACUACGGCGUCCCUGAUUCAUGGGGAUUUCUAAUGAUCAAAUUCCAUGAUGGUGUGUUGAUUGGCUACAUUCACGUUGCCGUCGAGACUGUGGCUGUUCUCUCAUGGCUCGCUGGUUUCAUCGCUGUAGCCGUUCAAAUUCCAACCGACACUUGUUCGACGGGAAGAAAUUCUUGUACGAUCCUCAUCGUGGCGACAGUCUUUGGGGCGCUCGAAUUUUUAUUAUUCAUGAUUACCGCAGCCUUGACUGCCAUUCCCAUCUUCAAACAGUUUCUCAAGCCAAAGACAUCUACGACUGGACCCGACACAGUUAUCUAA